GCUGCUCGAGCGCUUCACAGUGAACUGCAUCUGACAGCUUGCCAGGUUGGAGCAGGAGAAAAAAACACCACACACAAGAGAGUAAACGACCGGUGGAACAGACCCGCUGUAAUUUUCACAAACCGAGCAUCAUCCAAAUCCACCCGGUAGAGACAAUAAAGAAAAGAAAGGAGGGAUCUUUCGCGGUUACAGUCCUCCCACAAAGCUCGCAUGUAUGGAAGGAUAAUGUUUUUGUUUUAACGCCCCAGAUGAUUGCGUACCAGGGGUAGCUAUUGAAAUACGCAAAAACCUGCCGCUUCGUUGGAUUUUCCUCCGAGACUGAGGCCAUGAAUUCCGCGGAGCAGACGGUCACUUGGCUGAUCACACUCGGCGUGCUGGAGUCGCCGAAAAAGACUAUAUCGGAUCCAGAGGCAUUUUUACAGACCUCCCUCAAAGAUGGGGUGGUCUUGUGCAGACUGCUGGAGCGGCUGAGCCCGGGCUCCAUGGACAAAAUCUACCAAGAACCGAAGAACGACGGCGAGUGCUUGAGCAACAUAAAGGAGUUUCUCAAAGGCUGCACUUCGUUUCGCGUAGAGCUGUUUGAGCCCAGUGAUCUGCUCCUAGGACUGAACUUCUCCAAGAUACUCAGCAGUCUGGUGGCUCUCAACAAAGUGACUGCAGACAUUGGAGUGGGCAGUGACAGUGUCUGUGCCCGUCACUCGUCAGCCUAUCGGAUCAAGUCGUUUGAGUCUCUGGCUUCCCAGUCAUCACUGGGUCGAUCCUCCAAGCUGCUUCAGAACCAGUUCCGCAGCCUGGACAUGUCUGAGGGCAGCGGGACGCAGCUAUUGGUCAAGGCUCGCUUCAACUUUGAACAAACCAAUGAGGACGAGCUGUCCUUCAACAAGGGGGAUGUCAUCAAUGUGACACGCCAGGAGGAGGGCGGCUGGUGGGAGGGGAACUUCAACAGCAAGACCGGCUGGUUCCCUAGCAACUAUGUCCGUGAGAUCAAAGGCUGUGACAAACAAGUGUCCCCCAAAUCUGGGACCCUCAAGAGCCCCCCAAAAGGCGUUGACACUACGGCCAUUAGCAAGACCUACUACAACCUGGUGCUGCAGAACAUUCUAGAAACAGAGACAGAAUAUUCCAAGGACCUCCAGAGCCUUCUGACCAACUACCUGCGAUCACUCCAGAGCACAGAGAAACUGAGCAGUACAGAUGUGUACCUGAUCCUGGGGAACCUGGAGGAUAUCAACACCUUCCAGCAGAUGCUCGUCCAAUCACUGGAGGAGUGCACCAAACUUCCAGAGAGCCAGCAGAGGGUAGGGGGCUUCUUCAUGAACCUGAUGCCCCAGAUGAAGGCUCUCUACGUGGGUUACUGCUCCAACCACCCCUCGGCAGUCAACGUGCUCACCCAGCACAGUGAGGAGCUGGGGGAGUUUAUGGAGGGGAAGGGAGCCAGUAGUCCAGGUAUCCUGACCCUCACCACAGGUCUCAGUAAACCCUUCAUGAGGCUGGACAAAUACCCUACACUAACGAAGGAACUGGAGAGACACAUGGAGGAGAGUCACCCCGACUGGCCAGACAUCCAGAAGUGUAUGACAACGUUCAAGAGCCUCUCGGCCCAGUGCCAGGAGGUGAGGAAGAGGAAGGAGCUGGAGCUGCAGAUAGUGACUGAGUCCAUCAGGCUGUGGGAGGGAGACGACAUCAGGACACUGGGCUCUGUUCUCUACAUGAGUCAGGCUCUGGUUAACAGCCCUGGAGCAGAGGAGAAGUGUGAGCGCUACCUCAUGCUUUUCCCUCAUGUCCUCCUCAUGCUGUCUGCCAGUCCAAGGAUGAGUGGCUUCAUAUUCCAGGGGAAGCUACCAUUGACUGGUAUGACUGUGACCAUGCUAGAGGACAGUGAGGCCCACAAAAACUCCUUUGAGCUUUCUGGCAGUCUAUUUGAGCGUCUCCAGGUUGUGUGUAACAAUCAGCAAGAUCAGCAGGACUGGGUAGACCACCUGACCCGUCAGACCAAACACACCACUGUCCCCAGCCACAAACCCCUCACUGUCCCCUGCCACACGUUGCCCUCCCAUCCUCUGACUCCGUCCCGUCACGCGGAGGGCCGGGCGAUGACGGUGGCUCCUGCCUACCACACCCUGCCGCACCCCUCCUCCCACGGGGCUCCACACAGCACCAUGAUGUGGGGGCCCCUGGAGCCCCCCAACACCCCCAAGCCCUGGAGUCUCAGCUGCCUGCGUCCCUCACCCCCUCUCAGGCCCUCUGCAGCUCUCUCCUACAAGGAGGACCUCAGUAAAAGCCCUAAGAGUGUGAAGAAGCUUCUUCCUAAACGUAAACCAGAGCGAAAACAGUCAGACGAGGAGUUUGCCCUGAGGAAGAGUACAGCUGCUCUAGAGGAAGAUGCUCAGAUCCUAAAGGUGAUAGAAGCUUAUUGUACCAGCGCCAAGACCAGACAGACCCUCAACUCCACCUGGCAGGGCACUGACCUGAUGCACAACCAUGUGCUGGGGGACUUGGACCGGUCCUGUGUGGACUCUCCAGGCCACCGUAGCAGCGUGUCACGGCCUGACGUGACUGGCUCAGACCUGUCGGAGGACUCUGACUACGACUCUGUGUGGACGACCCACAGUUACAGGAUGGGCUCGGUGUCGCGGGCGAUGCGGAGGGACACAGGGCUGCAAGUCAUCAUCCCUGGAGAGGAGAAGAUCAUUGUGGAGGAGACCACGAGCAACGGACAGACUGUAGUCGGAGAGAAGAGCCUUGAGGAUGUAGUGUACGCCCUGAGGGACGAGGUACAGGAGCUCAAACAGGACAAUAAGAAGAUGAAGAGGUCACUGGAGGAGGAGCAGAGGGCACGGAAAGAUCUGGAGAAAGUGGUCAGGAGGGUCUUAAAGACUAUGAACGACCCCACCUGGGACGAGACUAACUUAUGAGGUGUGUGUGUGUGCAUUUGAGAUGGUGUGAGAGUGAAUUGUGUGUGUGUGUGUGUGUGUGUGGUAUGCUAGUGUGUGAUGGAGAAACGUGUGUGAGUGUGAAUGAGGGUUUGCUUGCAGGAAACGUGGUUGUGUGUGUGUGUGUGUGUGUGUGUAACUAGGACUCUGAGCUUUCCCUGGUCAGGUCACAUGGCUAGGAAAAAGUUGUGGCUCCACCAAUAACAAUGAGGAACGUCUGUGGAUCUCUCCCUAAACCAACAUGGACCUGGAGUCUUCCCUCUCUCCCUCCCUCCGUCUCUGUUUACAAAUGAUACUCAGCAAAGCAUUACAGCUCUAAUGGUACUGUACAAAACAACUCCUCAUUCACCUCUUCUCUACUGUUAUUUAAUUACUAUGAAAUCUAUCCAUUUUAAUGUCUUAUAUUUCCAUUGUCUUAUGGUAUUCUGUGUAAGGACUUGUAGCGGCCUGCCUUGUGGUUGGGCCUUGUGUUGUCAUUGAUCGGUGGGUCAGCGGGGAUUUGUAAAGAAAUGGACUGGCUGGUGUUGGUACUGACUGGUAUUGGUACCUUCAGGCAUUGGUACUGAAUGGUAUUGGUACUGACUGAUAUUGAUAUUGGUACUGACUGAUAUUGAUAUUGGUAUUGGUACUGAUAUUGAUAUUGGUAUUGGUACUGACUGGUAUUGGGAUUGGUACUGACUGGUAUUGAUAUUUAUAUUUGUACUGACUGGUAUUGGUAUUGGUACUGACUGGUAUUGAUAUUGGUAUUGGUACUGACUGGUAUUGCUAUUGGUAUUGGUAAUGACUUGUGUUGAUAUUGGUCUUGGUACUGACUGGUAUUACUAUUGGUAUUGCUAAUGACUUGUAUUGAUAUUGAUAUUGGUACUGACUGUUAUUGAUAUUGGUACUGGCUGGUGUUGAUAUUGGUAUUGGUACCGACUUGUAUUGAUAUUGGUACUGACUGUUAUUGAUAUUGGUAUUGGUACUGACUGGUAUUGGUAUUGAUAUUGGUACUGACUUGUAUUGGUAUUGAUAUUGGUACUGACUUGUAUUGGUAUUGCUAUUUGUAUUGGUACUGACUGGUAUUGAUAUUGGUACUGGCAGGUAUUGAUAUUGGUACUGCCUGGUAUUGAUAUUGGUACUGGUACCGACUGGUAUUGAUAUUGGUUGGUAUUGAUGUUGGUACUUGCUGGUAUUGAUAUUGAUAUUGGUAUUUAUACUGUCUGGUAUUGAUAUUGGUACUGACUGGUAUUUAUACCAGCUGGUAUUGAUAUUGAUAUUUAUACCAGCUGGUAUUGAUAUUGAUAUUUAUACCAGCUGGUAUUGAUAUUGGUAUUUAUACUGGCUGAUAUUGAUAUUUAUACCGGCUGGUAUUGAUAUUGGUAUUUAAACUGUCUGGUAUUGAUAUUGAUAUUGAUAUUUAUACCGGCUGGUAUUGAUAUUGGUACUGACUGGUAUUGAUACCGACUGGUAUUGAUAUUGAUAUUUAUACCAGCUGGUAUUGAUAUUGAUAUUUAUACCAGCUGGUAUUGAUAUUGGUAUUUAUACUGGCUGAUAUUGAUAUUGGUAUUUAAACUGUCUGGUAUUGAUAUUGAUACCGGCUGGUAUUGAUAUUGGUGUUUAUACUAUCUGGUAUUGAUAUUGGUACUGACUGGUAUUGAUAUUGGUAUUUAUACUGGCUGGUAUUGAUAUUGGUACUGACUGGUAUUAAUAUUGGUAUUUAUACUGUCUGGUAUUGAUAUUGGUACUGUCUGGUAUUGAUAUUGGUACUGACUGGUAUUGAUAUUGGUACUGACUGGUAUUGAUAUUGGUAUUAAUACUGGCUGGUAUUGGUACUGACUGGUAUUAAUAUUGGUAUUUAUACUGUCUGGUAUUGAUAUUGGUACUGUCUGGUAUUGAUAUUGGUACUGACUGGUAUUGAUAUUGGUACUGACUGGUAUUGAUAUUGGUAUUAAUACUGGCUGGUAUUGGUACUGACUGGUACUGGUACGCUUUGAUGUAAAUAUGAACAUUGCUAAGGUAUGAAAUAAAAUGUGUUUUCAGCGAC